AUGGGGACCAAGCAGCAGCAGCCCGCAAGGCCCCCUCAUGGCGGCGCAGCGAAGCCCUCGCCGCGGAUGCGUCGCGGAGAGGCGGCGGCCUUCCCCCGCUCGGACCUCUGGAGCUGGACGGACGACGGCGCCAAGGACGAGCUCAUCGAGAGCAUGCUGCGCGAGUGCGUGCCGCCUGUGGCGGUCCCGUCGACGCCGGCGCUGAAUGGCACAACUCCACUGCCCGUUGGCGGCAACGGCCGAUCGCUGCUUCCUUCGCAGCGCCACAAACUGGCAAGCACCGGUCAGCUCGCGCACCCUCAGGCGCCAACCACAGGCCAGCCGUCGUCCAGGAAGGUGAGGAACUUGCAGUCGCCACCGGCGUCGCUGCCCCCGCCACAGCUACAACCAAUGUCCUCCAAGAACUUGAUAACGGCAGCCUCGUCCUCCACGGGGCAGGAGGCGUGGAAAGCCUUUAAGGUUGCACACCGCACCAACAAGAUUUUGGCCAAGACACGGAAGGUCAUCAACAUUUUGAUACGGCAAAACAGCUCCAUGAAGAGUGAAAUGCGGGCUGCAGCAGUGGCGGCAGCCAAACAGUUAGAGGCGAAGGCAAAGUUUCAGAGAGAAGUUUUGGACGAAGAUCCUGAUGGUAUGAGCUCCUCGAACGACGAUUCGAACGGUGUGGGUAAUGUUCAGAGCGGAUCCGAGGACUUUUGGAGGCUUUAUAAGAGCAGCACGACAUCCAAACGACCUGGCUCAGCAAGGGGUCGCUAUAUUGCCAACUGCCAAGAUUCGUCACUGUUAGUUCUCCCAGUGUUAGAUCUAAAGCGACCAUCGCGCUACGAACGCGCAAAUCAGGCGCUUCGCUACGACAAUUACUACUUUGGUGACAAGCGCGCCGAGGCCCUGGGUGAUGCGCUUCAGCUGCUUCCGGUGCCAGUGCAGACCUUGUCCAUGAAAAACGUCGGUGUGUCUGGCAGCGGAUCGUCAGCGAUCAUGAGUGGGAUACCAAUGCGGCAACUGAAGCACCUCAACUUUUCAGAAAAUAGGCUCGGUACGAAGGGCAUCCUCACUAUUUACCGGACACUGGAAAACCCGCAAGUUCACCUGAAAUCGCUUGACCUUGGCAAUAACCAGCUAGGGGACCAGGCCGUGAGAACGCUCAUGCAGUGCUUGCUGAAUCGAUGUACGCUGGAACACCUUGAUCUCCGACGUAACCAUAUAUUCCAUGCGGCGAUCUCUAUUGGAGAGCUUUUGCGCAUUACCACACCGCUUGCAUCACUCAACCUCUCCUGGAACAACAUACGUGGUGAACCAGCGCAACAUCUAGCACGAUGCAUGAUGGAGAACCUCACGCUUACGCACUUGGAUCUAUCUGAUAACACGCUGGGAAAUAAUGGUAAGGCCGACGCUGAUCUCGGUGCAUGCCUGGCAACGAACAAGUCGCUGCGAUAUCUGAACAUAUCGAACAAUCACGUCCAGGCCAAGUCCGUGCUGGUAUAUGUAAAUGGCCUCCAGCAAAACUCCGUUCUCGAGACCCUUGUUGCCCGUGGUAAUCCUAUCGGAGUCAUAGGAGGGGAAGCGAUUUUGCGCUCAGUAGCGUCAGGGUCCGUCUCAUCCUGCCAGAUCGACAUCGGUGACUGCAACCUAGAGAUUUUGGACGGAAACUUGGAGGGAUCCAUCUACGGAGGUGGCACUUUUAAUUUGAACAUGGGGGAACGAUCAGAAGGUAUCUUGCUUAGAGAACUUCUCCAACUCGUGUGGAAAAACAAAACGGAGAUAGUGGACACGAUUCACAAUGGAGUACCGUUUGCCUUCAAUCGGAAGGACGAGAAGGCGCUAAUGGGUUCCAUCCCCCCGCAAGGAUCAAUGCAAAUUAAGUUUCAGCCGAACUAUGAUCGACACGAAGAGCUGAUCUCCACGAGUGGCUUUGAUCGCGUGGUCCGGUUGAUGGAUCGGUCUUUUGGCCACUCGCACGACGGAGAUGAAGCAGCGAAACUAUUUUGUAUCCGCGUUCUGGCAGAAGAAUACACGUUUACAGUGGCAGAGGCAAACACGCUGCUCGCGCUUUUCGAAUCCCACACGUCUCAAGUAGAGAAGGCAAGCGCUGCUGCAGCUCUAAUCCCGCAAAUUCUUCAAACGCCGUCUGCUGAAACUAAACUAGCGCACGAAGUCGCAGAGGAGAUUUACGACUGUGCUUCCAUGGAGACACCCAACGAGUUCUUCGAGGACAAAGAUGCAGAUGGCAAAAUCGAUGUGUGCGGCGAUAUCUGCGUAACGAUAGGACUUGAGAAUCUGUCCGACAUUGAGCAGAGUCACGUCGAGCACAAAGUUGGCAAGUGGAUUUCUUUCAACGUGAACAACCCAAGUGGGCGAUACCAGCUCAAUAUGGCAAACUCAAUUGACCGUCGCAUCCUGAUGCGAAUACUCGAGGUGAACAAGAUAGAGAGGAAAAUUCGGCAGCAACUGAAAUUGAUGGACACUUCUCAGCAUGGUCUGGUAGCUCAACCACUUCAAGGAGGAUUUCGAAAUAUGCGGCUAAACCACUUGCCAAUCGUUAUGGGGGCAAAUUGGCAGUUCCCACGUUUAGGAAUCCUCGAGUUCGAUUUCGUCAUGACUCGGCGGCCGUCUGCAACUUGCACAGCACUCAACGACGGUGCCUUUGAACAGUUCCUGAAAGAGUUCAAACAACUGCAAGUGACAUCUGAAAUGAAGCUUGUGGGACUGCGGUCCAUAUCGACGUUGUACUACUUUACAUGCAGUCAAACCCAGCGUAUCAUGGAACAUUUUGGUACUUUUGAGCGGGAUCCAGCGACUGGAUGCCUAUUCCGUGGCGAGGCGUUCAUUGUACUGUUCAGCCGAAUCGUUGACGAGUGGAACUUGAGCGAGACGCUGUCAUUGUUGGACCUCAGUACGAAGACUCAAGUGCUGGAUCGAUUGGGCGUGUUGAACUGCUUCCAUCCGCUACAGCAAAUUGAAUCGUACAGGCAACUCCAGCUGAGUGCGUUUGACCAACGCCAAAUGAUUCUAAUCCUGGUUAAGCUUGCUACAAGCGGUGAGGCCGAGCUGACAAAUGCGCAGCUUAAUGGAGAUGCGAUCGAAGCUGACGUGUGGAAAGCAUGGACAAGCGACGAUAAGCUACCGGCUCAGGGCGUUCUCAGCUGUUCCAUGCGUGCGGUGCAUGGCAUGCAGUCGGAGGCGCAAUUACCGCCGACAAGCGUGCGCAAGAAGCUCCUGCAAUCUCUACUGUACUAUUCAAGCUAG